CCUCGAAGAACUGUGUUACGGGUUUGUUGUAAAUAAGUUUGUUCAAAAUCAAAAUUGCAUUCCCCGUAAACGUCUCCUUGAUUGUCACAGUUUGACAAAUCGAUUGACAUUGACUGAAAGAACUUAAAACAUUUUCAGCGCAUAAUACUUGAGACACUCGUGUAUCAAAUUUGCAAAUUCGAUCUGUUUUACAUAGCCAGUUAAUAGUCCUAACGUCCAUGACGGAAUUUUAAAUUCAACCAUUUUGCUCUAUCUACCACUUGCACAAUACCCUGAGCAAUAAAGUAUUAAGAUUUUGAGGUUAUGUUAAUGUUUACAUAAAUGAAGCCUGUUUCGUUGAAAUAAAAUAUUGGACAUCACUAUUAGCUCACUAAGCUCACUUUGAUAAUUCAAUCUUAAGAUGAACAGACCUCCAAGACCUUUCAUGAAUAAUGGAUACAGAGGUCCUCGACCUUACAACAACUACAACCAACAAUUCAGACCUAACCGUGGCCCACGUCCGCCAUUUCCUUGGAGACCCCCUGGCAAUUUUGGGCAUGAUACUAAAAAAGAAUACAAUGAAGAUCACUGGUGUGAGACAUGUGACCGAGGUUUCCCGACAGAAGAAGUUCUCAUGAAACAUAAGCAACAACACCAGAAAUGUAACAUAGAUGGUUGUCAGUUCAUCGCACAUCCUAAAGUAAUAACCAAACACAUACAAAUGCAGCACUCUACUGGAUUAUACAAAAAAAUUGCAAAUUUGAAUAAUCCAGAAGAAAUAAAGAAAUGGAGAGAAGAAAGAAAGAAGAGAUACCCUACCAAAAGUAAUAUUGAAAAAAAAGCUGCAGAGCGAAAAGAAAAAAUUGAAAGGGGUGAAAAAAUGUUUUUGAAGUGUGAUAAUAAAAAAGAAAAAUUUAGUGCAAAUUCAACAGAUCAUAAAUCAGGUGUCAAGAGAAGACAUGGGUUUGAUAAACAAAAUCAAAACCAAGGGCCUAAAAGACAAAAUGUAGACCCUUCAACUGCAUUAAAAAACAUCAAGCCAUCAAAAGAUAAAAAGCCGAAAGUCAUCCCUAGCAUACCUAGUAAAGUUGAAAAAAAUAAACUCAAGCCAUUUACUGGAAUUCUAGAUAUAGUUAUGGAUAAUGAUAUAGAUGAACCAGUAGAAACAACCAAUUGCAGGGACUUGAUCGAAGAGGAUUAUUUUGAACAACCUCAGAAACAAACAACAGAAACUCCAAGUACUCAGGAGCCAGUGUUGUGUGGGGCCUUAACAACACUGAUGUGUGAUUAUGGGUCUUCAGAUGAAGAGACUGAUAAGAAACAAGUAAAGAUAAAUGAGGAAGAAGUCCCCAUUAAAACUGACAAAGAAAAUGAAUCUCUUGGAAUACCUCAAACUAUAGUCAAUAAUAAGACUAAAAUAGAAGCAGCACUUAUUGAUAAACAUGACACAAAAAUAGCAACAAAAGAAAGUGAUGAUGAAGCUCCAGAUGAAGUGAAAAUAGUUAAAAUGAAUGUUGAACAUGAAAAUCAAGAACCAACAUGUAAAAUCAAAGAAAAACAACCUGUUAAAAAGGAUCCCCCAAUCAGAAAUAACCGCAAUCAAAAUCAAGUAAGAAGAAAGAUACCUUCAACUUUACUUCAAAAACUAUUACACAAUGAAGUGAGAAAAGAACGUAAUAUAGUUUUGCAAUGUAUUCGACAUAUUAUAAAGAAUAAUUAUUUUGAUAAGGCUUCACAAUAAAAUGUUCACAUAAAUGAA